GCUCGGUCGGAGCUGUGCGCGGACUGGAUGACGCAGUACCUGGAGCUGGAUUCAGCUGAUGGUCGUGUUUUCAUCCUUUUUCAAAGUCUAUGGUAGGAUGUCAGUGCACAAGGUCGAGCCAUGUAAAAUCAUUCGACGUGUUCGCUCCCGUUCUUAGAUGUCCAAGGCUUUUUUCAACACAUAGUGCGCCAUUUGGUUCAAUCGUGUACAGAUGUCAUUUCGGGUCCUGUGAGUGGCGGGGUCCGUGUUUUCCCGUCGCCCCCUCAGCUCACAGGGAGCAGUGAGGAAAACAAACAGGUCGAGCGGUGGAAGGUUGGUAGCCGGUUGGAUGUGGAGGUUGUGAAGCGGCGAAUGAAUCGUUUGCGUGUUGUAGGCUUUUUGUGGGGUGCUAAUUCAAAUUUCUUCCUGCGUUCUCGGUGCUUUUGAGUCCGGUGCGUUUAGGACGCUGUCAGGAGUUCUCGCCUUCCGAGUAUGUUGUCGCUUUCUAACAUUUUACCAGGGUUGUUGGAGCGCGUAGUCUACCCGCUGCGGUUUUGUGUUUUUCUUGACGUUGUUUACCGAUUAUAAUUCGACGUUUGGGGGUCUAAAUUCACCGGUUCGCCGGUUUUGAAUUCAGUGAGACAGUUUUAGACAUGCACACGAGGCGUUUGGUGAAGCGGUCGAUCCUCGGCAGCCGCAUUUAUGCGCCGAGUCCGACGGGGGACGGUGCCCCGGUGACAGGAGUGGUCCAGGCGGUGAAGCAGGAAAACAGAGACGUCUCUUCGGCCGCAGGAGCCCGGCGGAGCGUCUACACCGUGCUCAUGCAAGACGGAAGCCUGAAAGAGUUUUCCGAGGACGAGAUAGCGGCUGGGUUUAACCAUUCUGCAACCAAAGGACCGCUCAAAUCCAGCUUAAAGCAGAGCUCCAGUAACGGCGCUCCAGAGCACCAGAAGUCCGAAGGCGGCUCUCUCAGCCCGGAGGCCGCAGAGGAGCUGCGUUUGACGGAUGGAAAACGUAUUGGUCGAGACCCCGAUGCCAGAUCAGUGUCCCUGCUGGAGCAGAAACGCAAAGUGGUCUCCUCCAGCAUCGAUGUCCCUCAUGCAAGGCGGUCAGAAGAGGAAGUGGACAUGGACAAGGUGACUGCUGCAAUGGUGCUAACAAGUCUCUCCACCAGCCCGCUGGUGAGAAGUCCACCAGUCAAAGUCAGCGAGAGCGGUUCAUGGAAGGACAAUGGUUCGGCUGGCCCCUUUACACCAUCAAGUAACAGCUCCUCAGGGGGCUACUGGAGCUGGUCUGCACCCAGUGACCAGUCCAACCCUUCUACACCCUCUCCGCCGCUCUCUGCCGACAGCUUCAAGCCCUUCCGUGUACCCAGUCUGGGCGGCGUGGGAUCUGGUCCCACGGGACCUGAAGACCCGAGCUUGGACGACCAGGAUGGCAGCAGCCUGCUCUUUGAUGAGCCCAUCCCUCGCAAGCGCAAGAACUCCAUGAAGGUGAUGUUCAAGUGCCUGUGGAAAAACUGUGGCAAGGUGCUGAGUACCGCUGCUGGCAUCCAGAGACACAUCCGUACCAUCCACUUGGGUCGGAACUGUGACUCUGACUGCAGCGAUGGCGAGGAAGAUUUUUACUACACAGAGAUCAAGCUCAACACGGACUCCGUGGUCGAUGGACUGAGCAGCCUGUCCCCUGUGUCCCCGUCCCUCCUCUCUCCCCCUCCUCCUCCCCCCUCUCCCCUCCCGUCCCUCAACCAGCUGGCAGACUCCCACCGACCUCCGCAGUCCUCCGACACCAAGGAGCCUCACGCUGGCGGCACCACCCCGCUCAGCCGCUCUGCGCCCAGCGCUCUCUACCUCAUCCACACGGACCACGCCUACCAGGCCACGGCUCCAGUGUCCAUACCGUCCAACAGCAGUAAUUCAACCAGCUCGGCCUCCACCAGCUUCACUCCCACCAACAGCUCCAGCUUUAGCAUCUCCUGGCAGUCUCCACCCGUCACCUUCACCGGGAGCACGGUGUCUCCCAGUAAAAGCCAGGGCUUUGCUGAGCAGCGCUCUCAGACCAUCGCCGUACUCUCAUCUCCUCCCAGAGCCACCACCGCCCUCAGUCGGAAGGUGCGUGGCGAAGGGAAGAAGUGCCGCAAGGUGUAUGGCAUGGAGAACCGGGACAUGUGGUGCACCGCCUGCCGUUGGAAAAAGGCCUGCCAGAGAUUCACCGACUGAGCGUUCGUCAAUUACAACACGGCGCAACUCGCCGACAGGCACUGCUGCCGUUUUCGCCAGAGAAAGCUGGGAGGGGCAUCGUUUUGCAUGCAUUUGGUUUCCUUCAGCUCAAAAUUGCAACUGUCCGUCAAGCUCUGACUUAAACCCUGUGGAUGCCCCUCCCCCUCAGCUCCACUGGACCAUUCCAGCCGUGGAAGGAACCAAAGGACAGCGCAGACAACUUUGAAAAUGCCGUCCGGGAUUCCCACUACUGCCUCGCCAUUCCUGUCACUCCCAGUUUUUGGGAAACCACAGUGCAGCUAAACCGUGUAAAGAAAAAUGAUCUAAAGAUUUCUUCUGUUUUUUUUAUGUUGAGUCCAGUGUUGCAUCUUUCUAUGUUUUGUAAGGCUCUGGUUUUUAAUUGGAAGUCAAAGAAAGGGUCCAGAUUAAAAGGCCAAAAGUUUUUGGGGUUUUUUUGUGUUUUAUGAAAGAAAAAAAACUUUUUUUAUCCAAAAGGAGAAUGGGCCUCUUGGACCUCCAGCAGUUUUUGAACAAUGCAAAAAGGCAUGGAGGUAAAAUUCUCAGUUUUUCGUUCUUCCUUUUCCACUUGUUCAUCUCCUGUUUCAUUUUUGGACUAAUUUCAGCGAUUGGUUAUCACCAACAUCUUUCAGCCUCCGCUGGUUUCUCACCUGCUCUUCACUCCCGAGAGAAAGAAAGAGAAGAGAUGCUCAAAAAGAAUGGGAGGAAUAGAGACACACAAAAGGCAAAGGCCCAAUGCAAAAAAAAAGACAAAACUUACAGUCAGGGAAAGCAGGUGGCCAUGUCAGUGAUUUAUCACAUAAAAAGCAAACACAGAAACACACAUAGGUAUGCCCACACAAUCAAAGCAGAAGGCAGAAACUGUUUUCUAUCUCACUUUUUUUAUCUGGUUUCAUUUGGUUUUGUUUUAUCAGGGAUGUGAUUCUGCAGAAAGCAAAAACCAGCAGCUCAAACUUGGGAUUAAACUGUACACAGCACUAACUCAGUACCUUCUCUUUCAUUACACAUGACAACUUUGCAACCAAAAACUCCUUUAUCUUAUUCCUUCUGUUUUUGGUUUGUGUUAAAGUGCCACGUUUACUGUUGUUGAUGUAGUUUUUUAUUUUCAUUCUUUGAUUUCGGUGAAACUAAGACUGUUUACGUACCACCUGCUACAGGAAGUGUGUUCAAAAACCAUCCUGGCUGCACUGGAAGCAUGAAGCCAGCAGCGUGCAAGGCCAUAAAAAGAUAAACAUGUUUCACCAUAUAUACAGAGAGACAGACCACCCUCCUCCUCAACAAACUUUUACACCUUUCAGUGGGAACAAAAUAUCUUUGUGUUUACGUACGCCACGAAGGAGGAGGCCUGAAAACCAAAAGUGAGGCACUUACAUUUGAGGUUACUUCUAGAGAGUUGAAAAUGGUUCUUUCUUCCAAUACCCCUCUUGAUUUUCCAACUCAUAAGAGGAGGCAAGAGCAAAAUUUUUGAACCAUUAUUUUCUCCAAGGGCAGAAUAAGUUCUAAGCACUUGAUUAGGUCACUUCUUUGUUGUCCCACAUGCACUGCACACUUAAUUCACUUGGCAACAUGCAAGCAAAGCUUUGGCGCCAGUUUUCAUAAGAGUCCCUGUGUUCAGCUCUUAACCUUGUUACUGAUGAGGUCAGUUGUGUGAUUGGUCAAAAAAAUGUGCUUAUCUGAUUUGUCAUUUGAAUGUUUGUUUGAAUUCCUGCUGCUUUGUAGGCUCAAAGGCAGGAAACAAAAUCACAAAGCCAAAUAGUUUGCAGAUGUUCUCUUUGUUGUGAGAGGUGGACCGACUCUUUUGUCGCCUGGGCCUGAAAAUUAUAGAAAAAUACUGAGUUAAAGCUCCUGUGAGGAGUUUUAGCUGGUACUGAAAUUAUAACUUUAUGAGCUACAUUAUCAAACAAGACCAUCUUUGGAAAAGACUGCUCAUUUCUAUGUAUUUAUUCUUAUGCUUGGGACCACUGCUGGGGGGUAGGUGUCAGACAAACCUUGUUUACAUCUUCCACAGCAGACUCACAGCACAGCAAGUGAUAUGUUUUACUAUAUAGAGGUUGACACUUUUAUCAGAUGAAAGCUCUUGUUUUGCAAAUUUACAGCACAAGAUCAGUAAAGAGUAAUGGUUACCUUUUUGUCCACAGGGGGCACCAAAAACUACACAAACAGAAAGCUCCUCACAGGAGCUUUAAAGUUCUACCAAUAGGAUAUCAUUCUGUUUCUACAUCUACAAUCUGCUUUCUAUGAAAUCUGUUUAAAUGCACGGUAAUGUAUCUGUUUAGUUACAUAUAUUCAACAGAAUUAGUCCAAACCAACACCAGCUAAUAAACUCACAUGCUCGCUCAUUAAGUACGUCUGCACCUGAGAAUCAUAGCUUUGUCGUGUUAUUAUGUUUCUGUCUGUUCUUGUAUAUAAGUAGUUCUUGUAUUCUCUCUUUAAGCUCCAUGUUUAUGACCAGUUAGACCGGUUGUUACAUCCGCCACCUUAUGAACAAGACAGGUUCAGCUAUGUCUCUGCGUGAGGAGAUAAUGUACCAUUCAACCUGUCCGGCUACGACGACUAUUUUAGAUAUAGGGAUAGCCUUAAAGUCACUUUUAAAAAAGAAAAUCAUUGUGCUUCUUCUAUUUCAUGACAUUGAUGUUUCAGAAAGAAAUAUUUAGAUUAUCUCCAAAAUAAUUUGCCAUCAUAUUAUGUGAACGUGUUAUUGUUUAAGAAAGACAAAUCUAUAUAUGUAAAGAAACAUUGAAAAAGACAUUCAUUUGGCUGUUUUUAUUUUAUUUUUCAUAUACAUAUUCAAAUAUAUAUGUAUGACAUAAAAUACUGUUUAUUGAUUUUGUUUUCAUGUUCUGCUGAUGGAUUUUUGUACCUAUUGUUACUGUAGGAGGGAGUGAGGAAUAAUUCUCACACAAGCCAAGCUUAUUUUGCUCUUUCAGUGGAUGUGACCCGCACGCUCCCGCCUCAAGCUCCUACACGCCACGCUCCCCGCUGCUUACCGCUAAGCGCUCCAACACCACAGUUGAUUAAAACCUUUAUCUUAUUUCCAAUUCUCCCCUCUCUGUGUCACGCAGGACCACUUGCAAUUAGUUUGAUUGACAUCUCGGUGUGUUUGUGUGCACGUGUGCGGUCACAGGCGUCUGUGAGCGAACGUGAAGGAGCCUCAGGCAAAGUGUGCGAGCUGCCACUGACGCUCGGUGCUCUGCUCGCCCCCACUCUUCCCUCCAAGCAUUUCUCCCGCUCCUCCUAAGGAGCUUUUACACCUUUAUUAAAAGGCCUGUGGCGUUUCCCUUGUCAGGGUGGGUGUAGGUUGGCGAGGAAACACUUAAGAGUUCAAGAUGUUUUUUGUUGCUCCAGACCUGAGAGGCUGGAUGUGGCCGAUGUUUUAACUCCAUGCACUUCCCACUGCCCUUUCUCCAUCUUUUUGGUGCUUCAUGUGUGUGUUCUGAAAGUCUCCUCCAUUGGUGCGUUUGGAAAAAUCUGGCAGCCAAUCAUAUCAUGUUAGGAUUCUGUCCAGGAACAAGUCCCAGCAGAGCAUUCAGAGGGUAUGGCAGCAUCUCCAGGCAGCUAAUUUCGAAGAAGUUCUCUUGUGGUCACUGUUGUUGUCAUCAAAUGGCAUGUGUGAAGAUUUGGCCAAAAAAAGCCAUACAUCUUAAGGGCCUCAAAAGAACAUUUACUGCCUUUUGUCCAACUUGUUCAUCUCCUAGAACAUCAGUAAGGAACUCUGGGAUUUGUUCGUGAACAGUGUCUUGGUCUGAAUUGGACAUCUUUGUCCUGACAUUGCCAAUGGCACAGAGAUGAUUUUGGAGCGUUCAAAGACACUCAGUCCAGGUCUCUUCUUGCAUUCUGAAAAUGCUGGUGCUCUGGCCUCGGUGGGGGAGAAAUGGAGGUGCUAUAUUCCCCAUGCAGUGCUGUUUCUCCCAUGUGUCAUUCAACUCCAUUUUGUACACAUUGUGAUGCUGUAGAACAUGAAAAUAAAAACACCCUGCCUCAAGUUUA